AUGAAAGCCUUCAGCACCAGAACCAGACAGCGUGCAAAUACAACCGGUGGCACCCUACAAGGGCCGAGAUUGAAUGUCACAGAUGCGCUACCCCAUUCAGGUCUACAAGGUGACGGGCAGACCUCAACCAGUAACGCUGUUCCUAAACGAAACAACACUUUUAAUACACAUGCUGGUCCGCCACGGGAGGAAUGGAAAGCCUCUCCCGCACCCGACUUUGAUUUCCAGCUGUCCGCCUCACCGGCACAAUCACCUUCCUUCCACCUCCACGAAAGCACUGCAUCGGACGAUGGCACAGCGAUGAUAGGCAUGGCAGUGGGAAGCCCCACUAUGUACAGGACCGUUCAGUAUACACCUUCGUAUGCUGUAUCCCCACCAGCCAUAGAUUUCGAUUCGAUGGAACUAGUGGGAUCUGCAGAAUCGGAAUCCUGGAGACCUAAACCGAGCAAAUGGAAGAAAAUUAGCGACUUCUUCAAGGCGAAGAAUUCACUGCAACAACAGCAACAACAACAACUACAACAACAACCUGAUGUUGAUUUUGACCAGCUUCAGCUUCAUAAUCGACCAACAACCAGCCAUGAAUCUCGUGAUCGAAUGGCGGAUUCUCACGACUCCCGGAAUCUCGAGGCGUCUUCUGAAAGUCACACUCCAUGGGAUGAUCUUGAAUUUGAACACCGUAUGGGUAAACUUUCACGGAAGUCAGGGAAAGAUGUCUCCAAAUCGCCUGGACGAAAGGAACAAAGGAAACUGGUCAAGUAUGCAGAGCCUCCGAAGCCCAAUAAAAGAGCUCCCCAUCAGGCUAAACCAGUAGCGAAGCCAUUGAAGCCAGAAGUAAUAUUGCCAGGUUCACUGUCAGGACCAGAGGAUGUUACAGUCCACAUGGAGAGAUACAGUGUCAUGUUUGGAAGCGUUUUGGACAAGCCAACCUCUACGACGCUAUUGCCUAGUCGAAGCAAAACCCUUAAUACGCUGAAAACCCAUUACGAAGAGGAGGAAUUGGGACACCCUGAAAUGACAUUGCCAAUGCGAGGAACACCUCCCGCUCCCAAAUCGCCGACAUUCACCCUUUUCCCUGCAGCGCCAACAGCAAAACCUCCUAAGACACUCCAUAACUCAAACUUACCCCGCCAGAAUAUCCCAUUACAGCAGUCAAAUACUAAUCCACGAUCGUCAGGGACAGAAUUGAACGAGAAGGUCAUAUCUACAAAGGAUUGCGCAACCCCACAAGGAGGGACAUCAUCCAUGGCCACAUCUUCAAGCUCUCGUAACCAGUGGGUAUCGGAAGGAUCAUCGUAUUUGUCAAUGGAAUCUACAUCGCCGUCCUCAUCGGAUAUCAGUAUGUCAUCCGAUGAGGAUGAGGCUGUACCAUUUACUUACAACAAAGUCGUCCCCGUUUCUCCUGACGAACCUCUGUGGGAAAUAUUGAAUCCUGCUGCAAAACUUGACCGGGUAUCUGCCAAAUCGAAGAGUGUGGUACGACCGCAAAGGUUCCGGACGAUCAAAUCAGAGGAAUCGUUUGCUGCAAUCGAACAACCUUACAGUCCUUCAAGCAAACGAAUGACAGGAGAAGAGAUCCACGCUUACCCGAAAAAUUCGCCGGCAAAGGAAGAAGCCAGGGAGUUUUCCUCUACUGAAUUUAAGAAUCCCUCACAACCGCCAAAGAUCCGCAAAACACGAUCCGAUGAGUCAGUUGUAGCAAUGUUAUUCGAAGAGCCGCAUCACAUCAUCCCGCCAGCACCACUACAGUCAAAAUCCGAAACUAAACCCAGGAAACCGGCUCCCAUUUACCCAUCAAUUGAUAUUGAGCAAUGGCUACCACAACCACGACCACCGCCUCCUCAACGAAAACCGCCGCCAACGCCUCCAGCACCAUCCCCUACCAUUGCGCUCCCGCCCGUCCCUGUUCAACCACCCCCCGCUCUCCCGCAAUACCGGACGAGGCCAAAACCCAAGUCCCGACCACCCCCCAGCACCAAAGACAACGCCAACCGCCAUGCCAUGAACGCCGUCGAAAUAUCGGUUGCGCGGUCAGUUUCCGUGACAAAAAAACCAAAGCAGGUAAUCGUGCCGAUGAGCGCGAUGCGAAGUGAUUCUUUGCGUCGCCCUAACGAACGAUUUGGCGAGAAGAGGUCGGCUACGCCCACGCUGAUUUCGGUGUCGAAGGGCCAUGAGCGAGAGAAAUCUCAAGAGGUCCCGAUUGAAGUUGCGGAAGCGGGGCUUCUCUAA